UGGUCACGUGACUUUGUCUAUUUCAACAACACAAAUAUAGCGUAAAGAUGGCUUCGAAUUUACAAUGCAAUAAUUUUCAUGAAUCUUUCGAUCUUAAGGAAGAAUUAGGAAAAGGGGCUUUUAGCGUUGUACGAAGAUGUGUUCACAAAGAAACCAAAGUCGAUUAUGCAGCUAAGAUUAUACAUACAAGAAAGCUAUCUUCCAGAGAUCUUCAAAAACUCGAGAGAGAAGCUCGUAUAUGUAGACGCUUAAAGCAUCCUAAUAUUGUCCAACUACAUGCAAGUAUUGCGGAGGAGAGCGUUCACUACUUAGUAUUUGAUUUAGUUACUGGUGGGGAAUUAUUUGAAGAUAUUGUAGCAAGAGAAUAUUAUAGUGAAGCUGAUGCCAGUCAUUGUAUUCAACAAAUAUUAGAAAGUGUUCAACAUUGUCAUAGUAUCGGAAUUGUUCAUAGAGAUCUGAAGCCAGAAAAUCUGCUUCUUGAAUCAAAAAAGAAGAAUGCUGUUUGCAAAUUGGCUGAUUUUGGCCUGGCGAUUGAAGUAGAAAAUAACAAACCAGGAUGGUAUGGUUUUGCCGGCACGCCAGGGUAUCUCUCACCAGAAGUUUUGAAAAAGGAACAUUAUGGUUCAGCAGUUGAUAUCUGGGCUUGUGGUGUGAUAUUAUAUAUUUUGCUUGUUGGAUAUCCACCCUUCUGGGAUGAGGACCAACAUAAAUUGUACGGUCAAAUCAAGGCUGGAGUUUACGAUUAUCCAUCACCAGAAUGGGACACAGUCACGGAUGAGGCGAAGGCACUAAUUGACAAAAUGUUAACUGUCAAUCCUGAAAAACGGAUUACAUCCAGUGAAGCUUUGAAAGAUCCCUGGAUUCUUAACCGUGAACGAGUUGCUUCAAAGGUUCAUCGUCAAGGAACCAUUGAUGGAUUGAAAAAGUUCAAUGCUCGACGAAAGUUAAAGGGAGCUAUACUAACAACCAUAGUGGCUCGUAGGUUCUCGUCUAACUCAGUUCGUGCCCAAUCCUCAUCUUCUAAGAAAAAGAGUUCUGACGAAGAAGCUGUCUUACUGGAAGAUGGAGAUGCCUCGAAGCGAGAUAUAGAACAAGAUAUUAUAAAGCUGACUCAAAAAAUGCUCACGAGCAUCACAACUGGCGAUUUUGAAGCUUAUAGUAAAUUAUGCGACUUCUCAAUGACAUGUUUCGAGCCAGAAACGAAAGGAAAUCUUGUUCAAGGGUUAGAGUUUCAUAAAUUUUACAUGGAAAAUGUGUUUUCCAAGAGAACAACACCAAUCAACACAACACUUCUCACUCCCUUUGUUCACGUUUUAAGCGAAGACUCGGCAGCGAUAUGUUAUGUGAGAUUGACACAAUAUCUUGACAGCUCGGGUAUGCCAUUCACGUUGCAGUCCGAGGAGACGCGUGUUUGGCAGAAGAAAUCUGGGCAUUGGUUAUGCGUACACUUCCAUCGCUCGUCCCAGUCCUCAUGAAUACGCCACCCACCCCUUGAUCACGUGCACGCCUGUGUAGUGCUGACGUCUAAUUUUCCACUUCCGGCCGUAAAUCAAUAUGAGCAUUCUUGGUACAUAUAUGGCUUCGAGUUUAUAUUUCAUGUAGACAUUAAUUUUAGCAUGGACGAUACUAUUUUAACCAGCGGACGUAGUGAAUAUUAAUCAAGCAACAUGAAUUAUUCAUUUGCAGUCAGUGAUGGAAAUUUAGUGAUUCAAAUGCUUGUGUAGUAUAUAAUGUAGAUAUUCUAGUUUUAUGGAGAAGCAAUUGCCCAGUUGCUUUGAAGAAGCGAUGUGAUAUGAAGCUUAAUUUAAAAUUUGAGUUUGCUAUUUGCAGACAAUUAAUGAACAAUUGAGCUAAAUUCUCCAAAGAUUUUAUAGUUAACCCGAUCUGUCUCUGAAGAAAAAGGUUCAGGCCGCACUAAGGCAUUCGUGACUUUUAAGUUUGAACAAUAAACUGAAAGCAAUUUUAAAUUAGUUGGACGGCCUUCAAAAGGCCUUAAUUUCAUUUUCCAACAAUAAUUGGUAAACGUUUCAAUAACAUCGGAAAGUAUGUGCACUCCUUUUGCUCCUAGCUGCUAGCGAAUGAAUUUUCUGAGACCCUUCUCGCUUUGUUGGCUUUGAAAAUGACAACUUGAGAGCUUGACAACUUUACUGAUUGUAGUUAAAUUACCGAAUUUCUAUUUAUGCUUGUCUUAAGAAAAGGGGUAAAUUAAGCGGCAGUAACGAGUAUAUAUAUGCGGUUUGGUCAUACAAAUGAUACAAUGCGGGGUUCUGUAGACUUUCAUUAGGGGCCAAGGGAUAUUUAUUAAAACUCUCUUGAAAUAUAACUGAAUUAGUUUGGGUGAAAAGUCAUAGUCGAGUUAAUAUUUUUUGACUUGGUAAGUAGGGAGUUUGUGAAUCAUUCCUGCCCCACCCCAAUUAUAAGAACAGAAAAUGGUGUAUGCUUUGAGCUAUUUAUUCUAUUUAUUUUUUGCUUCAUUUAAAUAAUAAAUAUAAUGUUAAAAUUUCCUGUAUCAACAUGAAUUUUAGUAAUUGAAUAAAAUGUGUA